AUGACAUUGCAAUCUCCGUCGGCGCCAUACUCAAACCCGAAUUCCUCCGUGAAAUCCUCCACGACGAUGGAACCCGGCUUGUCUGAAACACGCGACACCUCCUUCUACUUCCCCGGGUGCAAGAAAGACGCCCACUGCAAGUGCGAGAUCUGCAUCGCCAGCAUGAACGCCACUCUCGACCUCAUGCCUCAGAGCAUCCACAGGAGCUCGCUCACUAAGCUCUCCGUCUCGAGGCCCGCUGUCCGGAGAAGCCCUGUAUUCUAUCCCUCGCCGUCGAUGGAACCCUCGACGCCUGAGUCGGGCCGGAUUAGGCCCGAUGACUCAAGCACACCUUCAAUGUCGACUGAGAGCAUGGGUUUGGGGGAGAAGAUGGGGAGGAAGGAGAAGAGAAAAAUGGGGUAUGGGGUUUUCGUGUUGAGGCUUGUUCUGGGGUUGAUUACCGUGAGCGGUGUGGAUUUCGGGCUAUCUUUGAUGGUUUCUUGGGCUUUGAGGGCCCGCUUGUCUCCGGAUUUGGUGAUGGCUUUGGGUCAGACUUCGAGGGAUGUUGAGGGGAUUAAUGGGAGGUUUGUGUUCUUGAAGAAUGAGUUGGAAGGGUAUUUGGGGGAAAAGGUUUCGAGCUGUAGCUCUGUUGAUUCUGUGUGGAAAAUCAGUCAGGAUGGUUUAUUGCUCGAGUCUCGCUGUGUUAUGCACAAAUCGUUGUCGGAGGAGGUAAGCAUAUGGGGGUGGCCGUUGCAUACAGCUGGAUUGCUCACUGCACAACACUCUCGCCGCUCGUUGAGUAUUUUAUCGGGAAGAGUUGCUGAGUGGAACAACUGGGAAGCCUAUUUCGUUUGUACAAAUACUUCAUGGACGCGAGAAAAAUGGAGUUCUUCCAUCGUGCAGCUCGAUCCCAACACGUGGAUUCUAGAAUAUAGGCGAAGCUUUUUUCAUGAAAAUUCUAGAAUUAUUUCCACCACUAUAAACUUUUUGAAGCUUAGGCUAAUGAGGAUGUUUGAAAAGCUGAAGCAAGAAUUUUGGCUGCCAUUGGCAUUUACAAGCCCGUACUUGGAUUCCACGCGAGGGAGGAUCCUUGUCCCGACUUGA